AGCAUAGUGUGUUUAGUAAUCGCAAGAGAACUCAUCAACAAGGUGUCCAAGAUACCUUUUUCUACAGCUUUCUUAAAAUUGUUCUUUUGAAAUAUUCUUUCCACUCCUCCUCCUCCUUCCCAACUCCCUCAAAAAAAAAGAAAAGAAAAAAAAAAUCAUCGAAAUUUUCGAUAAUGGAAAGUGAGGACUGGAACUAUCUUGCCGAGAAAUGGGAGAACAUAGCAGAACCGAUAAGGGAGAUUUGUAAAGAUCUCAUCUUGACAGAUGAACAAUGUCGGAAAAUUAUGGAAAAAUUGACGGAGGACAUAAAUAAGGGAUUAUCGAAGGAUAAGCAUGAUGAUGCUGUAGUUAAAUGUUACACAACUUACGUUCAAGACCUUCCCAAUGGCACAGAAAAGGGUAAUUUUUUGGCUUUGGACUUGGGAGGAACAAAUUUCCGAGUACUUUUGAUUACACUGGACGGACACAAUUUCGAUAUGAAAAGUAAAAUCUAUGCAAUACCACAGAGUUUAAUGUUGGGAACUGGAACACAGCUUUUUGAUCACAUCGCCCAGUGUUUGGCACUUUUUGUUAAAGAUCUCAAACUUGAAAAUGAGGUUUUACCUCUUGGAUUUACGUUUAGUUUUCCAUUGGUGCAAGAAGGACUCACAGAAGGAAGACUCGUGAGGUGGACAAAAGGUUUCAAUUGCAGUGGAGUUGUUGGAGAGGACGUUGUUGCUCUUCUUGAAGCGGCAAUUGCCAGGAGAAACGAUGUCAAGAUUGACGUUUGUGCCAUUUUGAACGACACCACUGGUACCUUAAUGUCCUGUGCUUGGAAAAACAAAAAUUGUCGUAUUGGACUUAUUCUUGGUACGGGUAGCAAUGCAUGUUACGUUGAGAAGACACAAAAUGCAAAACGUGCAACACCAGGAAGAUAUUCAAAAGACAAAUCAAAUAUGUUAAUAAAUAUGGAAUGGGGUGCGUUUGGCGAGAGAAAUACACUUGAUUUUUGUCUCACUGAAUUCGACAGGGAUGUUGAUCAAAAUUCCAUUAAUCCUGGAAAACAAAUUUUCGAGAAAAUGAUCUCUGGCAUGUACAUGGGCGAAUUGGCAAGAUUAGUACUUGAAAAACUUGUCAAUAAUGGUCUUUUAUUCGGUGGUAAAUGUCCCAGUGAACUCAAAAAACGAGGACAAUUCUUCACUAAAUACGUAUCAGAAAUUGAAAACGAUCCAAAAGGAAAAUAUACAAAUUGUCGGGAAGUUUUAGCUGAAAUUGGAGUUAGAAACGCCAGUGAUCAAGACUGUGAGAAUGUUAGAUAUGUUUGUUCAGUGGUAUCAAGAAGAGCGGCACAUCUUGCGAGUUCGGGAACAGCUGCCGUUCUUAAUAAAAUAGGAGAAGAAAAUGUUACCGUAGGUGUCGAUGGUUCCGUCUACAGAUUUCAUCCUCACUUCCACGAUCUCAUGACAGAGAAAAUUAGCCAAUUACAAAAUCAUACGUUCGAUCUGAUGCUUUCAGAGGAUGGUAGUGGUCGUGGUGCUGCGCUUGUCGCCGCAGUUGCAUCACAAAAGCGGUGAAGAUAAUAACGGAGCCAUAUUACCCACACAUUAGAAUAAAAUUAAAUGUAUAAUUAAAUACAAAUUGAGACACUGUUGUACAUAUAGCACAAAAAAAAUAGUAGCCAAUGCGGGCUAGUCCCAAUUAAAUAGCUGAUUGUAAAUUUGAAAUUUACUAUACACGACCUCGAAUAUAUUUCGGCAACUAAUUAAAUCUGCUUUGUUCGAUUCAAUUAACGAAAAUUGAUCGAAAAUCGCGUUUUCAACUUUGAAGGUGCUCGAUGCAAAUUCAAAUUGUUUUGUUCUCUAGAACCUUCAAAAUAAAUGUUUCGUGUUCUUUUAACUAUUUUGAUACGAAUCGUGGGUGUAAUUAAAAAAAAAAAAAAAAACCGCAAUCUCGCACUAUUAUAAAAUAAUAAUUUAUUUCUAAAUAAAUAUAGAAUCAACGAAAGUAUCACAAUAUUAUAGUGAUUCUCUGCAACUACAUUGGGCAAUAAAUACUGCCAACGAGCACUACAAAGAAAAAAAAAGAAGAAAAUAAUAAAAUCGAAUAAAAUCAAGAGCAGUGCUCUUAAAGUAUAUAUUAUAUCAAUAAUUAGAUGCUUUGCAAAAAAAAAAAAAAAAUUCUUUUGUAAAUUACAAUUAUAAUAGCGCGCAAUUAGACGAUUUAUUGACUAGUAUAAAAGAAUGGAGAAUCGAAAAAUAAAUUCUUUUAAAAAGACAUUGCCUACUUGUACAGCUAAAAUCCGAUCUAAAGAAUGAUAUUUUUGUUUUUUAUUGUCAAAAUAAAAAUCCUAUCAUCGUCACGCGCGUAUUUGAAACAAAAAAUUGUUUCAUUUCUAGAAGAAUAGUCGAGUCAGAUAUUAUAAAUAUAUAAAUAUAUAUAUAUUUAUGCAUAAGAAAAAUAGACACUUACGCAGUCUACAUUAUUAUCAACUUGGACGAUCGAACUUUUUUUUUUAUUUUUUAUUUUUUUUUGGACCAGUUCCAAAAAUCAAGUUCGAUCAAAUUUCCGAGUGCGAUUUAAAUUAAUUGGAGAUUAUUGUGUGUAAAUAGAAGAAUGAGUGACAGAUGUUUGAUGUCAAAGUUUGCAGUGUUUACCUCAAAUUAAUUGUUGAGAUGCAACAAAAAUAAAACGCGUCAAUUUGAAUGAAAAAAAAAAAAAAAUAAUGAAUGAAUGUAGUUGAAAAGGACAUUAUACAACAAAAAAAAAUUGAAGAAAAAUAUUGCGUAGAUCUUAUAAAAUGGAAUGAACAAAGAUUUAUUCGAACGAACAAA